AUGGAGCAAUCUCAAAGUGCACCAAUAGAUCAAAUGAGAGGUGGAAAUAUUUCUAGCUCAAUUGCCAUGGAGCAGACUCGUAUGCUGGCGCCCACAUUAGUUCAAAACAAUGAUCCUAAAUUCCAGAAUUCAAAGUUUCUCCAAUUUGUGUCAAGGAUGAGUUGUGGAGAAAUUACCAUCGAAGAUAAUCAAAUCAAGCUAGCUUCAUUUUCUUCACCUGGGGAUUGGGCAACAAAAUAUCAACAACAGUAUAGUGGAGUUCAAACAUGGGCUGACCAGUUUGUCCGUGAGGAGAUGGGCGAAUGA